ACUGGCCUGGGGCUUCAGAGACCUGCUUGAUUCCUGGCCCCGCUCAGACCCCGGGCACCUGGGAGGUCGUGGCUCCUCAAAACGGCCGUUCACCAGGCUGCUUUGCACCGCACCAGGCACAGGCUGUGGCCACUCAUGAAGCCCACCCUGGGGCUGGGGAAGCGAGAGCCGUGAGUCCUGAAGCCACAACUGAGCUGCUCCUUGUGGAAGUGGAGGGUGGAGACACGUGCAGAGAGCCUUGGAGCCGUGGGUGGCGGGAGCUCCACUCCACUCUGGGCUCGAGCCCUGCCUGCCCACAGCUGAGCCCAGCCGUGUCCCCCACUUUCUCCCUUUCUGGCCCCUGGCUUCCCCCCACCCCCACUUAGAGAAGGGCAUGGGGACGGGCAAGUGGUCCAGAGGGCAGGCGGCCUGCGGGCUCCUCUGCAUCCCUGUGAGGAGGGCAUGGGGAGGGACAUCCCGGUGGGGCCCCGUCUGGGGCUACCUGUCUUGAACUUAAUCGUGUAGCUGGAGGCCAGUGCCCGGAUGGCCCCUGUCACCCUCUCACUGUGAUGCCAGCACCUACUGACUGGAGGACCCGGGUUCCUUUGCCUGAUUUUUCUCAGGCUGCCCUGAGGAUCUGUGUUUGGUUAAAAAGGAGCCAAAUCCACCUGCAGGGCAGGCGGCUCUAGUAGCCCCGCCUGGCUUCCAGCACCCUGGUUCCCUGGCGACACUGGACCCGCCUGGGCUUCCUUGAUCCCAGCCCCACCCCUGAUUUCUGCUUUGCUGCCUCGGAAAGCCAUCGUGCCGCCCAAAACCUGAAUGUGGGCCUCUCGGAGCUCCUUCCUCAAUGAGUCUGCUGGGGACUGGGCCUUGCCUCCCUAACGAGUGCCAGGUGAGGCUGCGGCGGCUCUGGCCCAGGUGGAGCUGCCGACCUGGCCCCUUCCUGCAGCUGUGAGGGACUCUGAACAUGUCGGGGAUCGCCCUCAGCAGACUCGCCCAGGAGAGGAAAGCAUGGAGGAAAGACCACCCGUUUGGUUUCGUGGCUGUCCCAACAAAAAAUCCCGAUGGCACGAUGAACCUCAUGAACUGGGAGUGCGCCAUUCCAGGAAAGAAAGGGACUCCGUGGGAAGGAGGCUUGUUUAAACUACGGAUGCUUUUCAAAGAUGAUUAUCCGUCUUCACCACCAAAAUGUAAAUUCGAACCACCAUUAUUUCACCCGAAUGUGUACCCCUCGGGGACAGUGUGCCUGUCCAUCUUAGAGGAGGACAAGGACUGGAGGCCAGCCAUCACAAUCAAACAGAUCCUAUUAGGAAUACAGGAACUUCUAAAUGAACCAAAUAUCCAAGAUCCAGCUCAAGCAGAGGCCUACACGAUUUACUGCCAAAACAGAGUGGAGUACGAGAAAAGGGUCCGAGCACAAGCCAAGAAGUUUGCGCCCUCAUAAGCAGCGACCUUGUGGCAUCGUCAAAAGGAAGGGAUUGGUUUGGCAAGAACUUGUUUACAACAUUUUUGCGAAUCUAAAGUUGCUCCGUACAAUGGCGAGUCACCUGGGGGGGUUGGGCGGGCGCCAUCUUCCAUUGCCGCCGCGGGUGCGCGGUCUCAAUUCGCUGAAUUGCCCGUUUCCAUACAGGGUCUCUUCCUUCAGUCUUUUGUAUUUUUGAUUGUUAUGUAAAACUCGCUUUUAUUUUAAUAUUGAUGUCAGUAUUUCAACUGCUGUAAAAUUAUAAACUUUUAUACUUGGGUAAGUCCCGCAGCAGCGAGUGCUCGCUCCGGGAUGCAGGCAUGCUUCUCACCGUGCAGAGCUGCACUUGGCCCCGGCUGGCUGUAUGGAAACGCACCCUCCCUCUGCCGCUCCUCUCUAGAACCUGGGCUGUGCUGCUUUUGAGCCUCAGACCCCAGGUCAGCAUCUCGGUUCUGCGCCACUUCCUUUGUGUUUAUAUGGCGUUUUGUCUGUGUUGCUGUUUAGAGUAAAUAAACUGUUUAUAUAAAGGUUUUGGUUGCAUUAUUAUUGGAAGUGUGAGGAGGCGGCCUCCGAGUGUCCCGCCCUCCCCACCUGACUGCAGCCCCACCGCGGGCCAGGACCAGGCUCUCCCAUCUGCUUCGGAUGUGCCCAGGCUGUGUGGCUCCGUCUUGCCCCGGAUCUUUGUCAACAGGGCUGUGUACAAAGUGCUGCUGAGGUUUCUGUGCUCCCGGGAUCUUCGGGCUGUAGAGCGCUGGGCAGCUAAGAUCCGCAUAGGUCGGGAUUGGCGUUGAGACCCUGGCAAGUGUGCACCGGUGCCAGCUGUCUAGAGGGCCACAGGGCCAGGUCCAGACCAGGGCUGGAGGCUGUGUGAGGACUCCUAUCCAGGCAGCCUGCUGGCGGGGGUGCCCCUCAGUGGCCGGGUCACAGGGAUGGAGCUGUGCUGUGCACAGGGUGCCACCUCAGGUGUCUGUGUCUCACGUCCUCCGGAGGCAGCCUUGCUACCACCCCUGGCAAACACGGGGUGCUUUCUCCAGGAGAGCCCACAGCCAUGGCCCCCCCGGGGAGCGCCAGGUGGAGGGCCCUGGGUGGCCUGUGUGUGGAAUUCUUCGUCCUGAGGUUACCUGAGCAUGGCCUCUCCUGGGGAGGCUGUGCCACUCAGAAGCCGCCCUGAUGCUGGGCCCUCUGCAAAGGCUGGGCCGGCCAGGCCUCUUGGGGCUGCCUGAGCCGUGGCUGAACCGCUGUAAGAAGUGGCCUGGCUGUGAAGUUGGGUGCCAGUCACCUCCCAGCAGAAAGGUGCAGUGGACAGAGAUGGGAAGCCCUGGGGGACACAGCCCGACGCUCCCAGCCCUCCAGCCUCCAACCCACCACCCAGUCUCCGCAUCCUAGUGAGCUGGGCCCUCCUCAGUCUCGUUUCAAGCCCUGGGGCUGGAGCUGGCCCUGCUGCCCUGGUGCGCCCCGGCAGCUGGAGCUGGGUCCCGGUGGCCCAAGUGCAGGGUUCCAAGGGGGCGGGGCAGGUGCUCCCCAAAGGAGCCAAGAAUGCAGGGAGGGCGGCCCAGGGCCCUGGGAAGGGGAGCGCAGCUGCUGUGAGCUGGGAAUCGAAGUUAGAGGUGACUUCCGAAGGCCCCCCCGAGCCGGCAGUGCCCCCCGCCCCCACCGGCAGCUCUGCAGUGCCAGUGCCUUGUUCGCUUUCCUGGUUACGUGCCCUGCAGUCAUUGAGCUCUCGGUCUGACGUGUGUGGUUUGUUUAUAAAGCAGGGGGCCUUACCUGGGGAAUUCAGCUGGUUUGAAUAUUUGUAGCCCGCUCCCAGAAUGUCUUAUUUUGUAAUGACUGAACUACAUUUAGUAAUAGUUACACAUGUAUAUGGUUAAUAUAUAUGGAAAUUCAGUAUAUUUUGUAGUUAACGUAUUCUAAAGUAACGGAUGUUUCUAGCCAAUCGUAGUGAUUUCAGCUAAUGAAAUGUUCCUUUUGUGGUACCACAGUCCUCGGCCUAACGAAGGACGUGAACCUUGUAACAGGAGAGCUCUGAAACGCGGUCACCUUUGUUUAGCGGAAGGGAGAGCGUGUUCCCGGCAUGAGGUGCCUCGGAAUUAAUAAAGAAUUGUGGGUGAUGGGUUUACCACUGUAUCUAAGAAUCCACCAAUUAAAGCAUUUGCACAGA